UUUCAGACGCUGAACUGGACAUGAAUGGGAUGGCAUCAGAUCACAAUACUUCCUCCAAGGAAGAAUACCUCCCACACUAUCUCCAGAAGGAAGAUCCCUUUGCAUCAAAGCUUUCUAAAGAAGCUGACAUCAUAGCUGGGUUUUAUUUGACAGUAAUUGGGAUUCUUUCAACUCUGGGAAAUGGGUAUGUUAUUUUUAUGUCUUCAAAGCGAAAAAAGAAGUUGAGACCUGCUGAGAUAAUGACUGUGAAUUUAGCAGUGUGUGAUCUGGGCAUUUCAGUUGUAGGAAAACCCUUUAGUAUCAUUUCCUUCUUUUCUCACCGCUGGGUGUUUGGAUGGAUGGGCUGCCGCUGGUAUGGAUGGGCUGGUUUCUUCUUUGGUUGUGGAAGCCUCAUUACCAUGACAGCUGUCAGCCUGGAUAGAUACCUAAAAAUCUGCCAUUUGUCAUACGGUACCUGGCUUAAGAGACAUCAUGCAUUUAUCUGUCUGGCAGUAAUCUGGGCCUAUGCUACAUUCUGGGCUACGGUGCCUUUCGCUGGUGUCGGAAGCUAUGCCCCUGAGCCAUUUGGCACUUCCUGCACUCUGGACUGGUGGCUGGCACAAGCUUCGGUGGCUGGACAGGCUUUUAUUCUGAGUAUUCUUUUCUUUUGCCUCCUGUUCCCAACUGCUGUGAUUGUUUUUUCCUAUGUCAAAAUAAUUUUAAAAGUCAAAUCAUCUGCCAAAGAGGUUGCUCACUAUGAUACCAGGAUUCAGAACAGCAACAUACUUGAAAUGAAGCUGACCAAG